AGUCUCUCUGGUUUCCCGUCGACGGAAGUCAACGCGUUUUCUGUGCCCUCCCCUUUGGACGCGAAGGCCCGCCUCCUUUUCCUCCGCGCGAGCGCCGCUAUAUGAUUGGCUGCCGAAAGUUCCUUCCUUCCUUUUGCCGGAGACGCCGCCAAGAUGAACGACACGGUCACCAUCCGAACAAGGAAGUUCAUGACCAACAGGCUGCUUCAGCGUAAGCAGAUGGUGAUAGAUGUUCUUCAUCCUGGAAAGGCCACUGUUCCCAAAACUGAAAUCCGUGAAAAGUUGGCCAAAAUGUACAAGACAACCCCAGAUGUCAUUUUCGUCUUUGGCUUCAGGACUCAUUUUGGAGGUGGGAAGACAACAGGCUUUGGCAUGAUCUACGAUUCCCUCGACUAUGCAAAGAAAAAUGAACCAAAGCACAGACUGGCCAGGCAUGGUUUGUAUGAAAAGAAAAAGACUUCAAGGAAACAGCGCAAAGAACGUAAGAACAGAAUGAAGAAAGUCAGAGGAACAGCUAAAGCAAACGUUGGGGCUGGCAAGAAGAAAUGAAGUGCCUAGCAGUGAGCCAGCAGUGGAUUUUGACAGAAAUUAAAUUAUCCUGCCAGAAAAUAUAUGGAGAUUGUACUGUUGUGUUGCAUUCCGGUCAAAUAAAUUCUGUGAAAACUCAAA